CUCCCUUGAUCUCCCGUAGUGAUCGCACACAAUAGGAGUUUUAUGGAGCGUGUGCGCUUCAUUCUUACAUUUAAUUAUUUCAAUAAAGAAGAUCGAUAAUCAAUAAACAAAGAAAAAUACUUACACAACUGAAAUGAUUUUUAAACAACGGAUUUAAUUUAGAUAAAUAUUUAAUCAAGAAAGAACCAUGACUACUGAAGUUGCAGCUCCGAUUAUCAAGCCGAAGACGGGCCAGUCUUUUUUAGAAUCAACGAGCUUCAAAAUUGGCCAAGAUGAGUUAUUAACCAACAAUCGAAUGAACAGUAUAUUUAAGUCAGAUUACCCCCCUUAUGGCUCGUACGGACGAACACAGGGUGCUAAACCCCCACCUCUCUCAGAAGUUAUGCAUAGAGAUCAAACCUUUUUCAACGAACGGGAUUCGGAGACCACGAAAUCAUUUGAAUAUAGACACUUGGCAAAACCUGAAAUUCAGGGCGCGAGCGGAAAGUUGAGAGUAACAAAUUUUAAGAUGGACAGAGACCUAAGUAAAUUCAAUGUAUUCCAAACCGUCCAUAAUUCUUAUUUUACACCCAAAAUGGCGGAUACUUACAAAAGGAUCACGGCACCAACUAUUAGUGAAAGUUAUAUACCACAGGGGGACAAAGAAAAGGAGUUAAUGCCCCUAACGGACUACAGGGAUCGCUUCCAGGGCCACGAUGCCCGUCUCCAUAAAACGAUCCGAGCGCAGUCAAUGCACGAAGGCGGACCCCCUACAAUAAAGGGUGAUGAAAGGAACAGUAAUUUUCUCACAACACAUAACGAUACGUUCAUGGGACAGUAUGAGAAACCGGUUCAAACACUGCCUGUUCCACCGAGCUACAAUGUGCCAACAGGUGACCCCGGAAAAGUUGUGGAGCGCGAGACAACCAUGAACGUCUCGUUCCAGGAUGUCUCGAACCAGAACCAGCGUGAACAGUACAGUAUAGAGGACGUGAGCCGGGUACUAAACCAGACAAACUUCAAGCAACAGGACGGGCACUAUAAAUGGAAUGAUUAUAGGAGUACUGCUAUAGCUUCCUACAUGCCAGCAACCGUGCCCGUUGAAAGAUUCAGACCUGGCAAGCACAGAAAUCACAGUGAUUUUCCUCAGGGUGACAUCGACCCUAUGCGAGCCACAGAUCGUGUGAGCCUAACUACCAACAGAUUUUACCAUGGAAACCCUCCUCGGGGACUCCACAACAGCAUUGUAUCCGGCGCGAACCUACGAACAAAAAGUAACGUCUGGUUUGGUGAACCGCCAUUAGGUGGUGCUUUUUACAACACGACAAACUCCGGAACAUUCUCGCCAAAAUCUGUACCAUACUCUUACAAUAGAUACAGCUUCCACAAAGAUAGUAAUAUACCGCUGGACUACUAUGGAAAUCACGAGAAAAACCACACAACGUCAUACACCGAUUAUCAGAACCCUAGACAAGCAAGAACUGCACCAAAUCCAGUAGCAAUUAAUAACUUGAGCAGUUCCCAUAUCCUGCCACCUUUGAGCAACUCCAGUUUCUUCACUACCACACACAAUGAUACGUUCACACCUAAAAGGGCAGAGAAAUAUGCAUACGACGCUGGACGAUUGCAGAAGAGUUCUGUCCCUUUGGGCACGAUGGCGAUGCCGAGUAUUGACGUAUGAUACAAUUAUUAAUCUGUUAUAGAGACUUGUUUUACAUUGAAAAGAAAAAGAAAAAACACACCUCGUUUCGUGUUUUUUUUUUGUUGUUAUUUUGUUUUGUUUUUAAAUGCAGGGCCUUUUGGAGAAUAUUUCAAUCUGAUGCGCAUAACUACAUUGCCUGCAAAUAAAAGUGUAAACAUGUAGUAUUUAAAGGUUCUUGUAUUACUAAAAUAGGAUGGUUUUAGAGAAAACGUUUCAAAACAUGCUAAAUAUCUGUAAGUCAAACAUUUAAAGCGGACCUUGUAUUGUGCCAUGAUUAGGUACUUAGGAGUGCUAUAUUUAGAAAUCACUAGUUUAGCUGUAAUAGACGUCAACUGGCGGAAACUAUAACCGCGGCUAUUUAAAAUGUUUAAUUUCCAACGUUGUUAUAUCUCACACCAUUGGAACAGUCUAAAUUAGAGACAUUUUAGGUAUUUUUAAGAACAAUCAGUGGAAGGAUUUAUACAAAUUCUAGCCAAUUUCUAACCGUAUUAUUUUCGAGAUCUUACAACUGAAUGACAUUACCUCAUCAUGUAUUUUGAUAAUUUUUCAUUGUUUUCGUAUGCAUAAUGUUUGUACUAUUGUCGGUCAGAACUGAUACUAUAAUAUCCUGAUCUGACUAUAUUUCAUGUGUGCUGUGGUGUGCAAUAUGUAUUCUUGCUCCAGUCGAUACACUUUACCAUAGCUUGGCUCAUUCUCAUUAUAUAAUUAUGUCAUCAUUUGUUUUCAAAAAGUAUGGAAAUAAUUGUACGAUCUCUUUCAACAUCUAAAUGUUAUUUUCUUAGAUACUUGGUAAGAAGACAUGCUUUACAAAUUUGCUAUAUAUAGUAAGCUUAAAGUGCUUAACAUGACAUCUGAGGAUGCAAACUCGAUAUGAAAUAAUGUAGGAACAGGAUUAGUACUUAUUAUGCGAGCUACUCCCAAUCUCUUCAUAUUUCUUCUUUUUUUUUGUAAAUGAAUUUUGAAACCAAAAUUUUUGUUCUGUUUCGGCGCCAUAUAACUUCUACUGUAUUUGUGCGCCGUAAACCCCAAGACUUAAACACUAUAAUUCGUAACAGGGUUUUUCGUAAAUACUCCAUAAAUCCAGUCGUCCAGAUAAUAGCGUUUAACCUUUAGCCUGCUGCCGGCAAGUGAUUCUGCCUUUGCGACCAGUGCAGACUACGCACUGUUCGCUCUUCGGUCAGUAAAUUUUCAGUAAACACCCCUUCAAAUAAUAAAUGGUACUGCCCAAAUUGAAAGAUGGACUAGUCGAUUUUAGAAAUUUAGCAGGGUAAAGGUUAAAUAUAUCUUUGCGAGUAAUAAUUGUCUUGAAGUUCUGUAGAUUGAUCUGUGAUAUGAAUGCUUGUUUUUUUAUAUUCAAAGAGAAGUCAAGAUUUUUUUACGGUAAAGAUGGAUGAAAUAAUAAUUCAAGUUUUGUAUAAUUGUGAUAUUUAAGUAUAAUACUUAUUUCAUAAGUAUAUUUCAAAAAGUGUAUUUAUUGUCGUUUCGUACUGAAAAAUGUACUUUUUGUUUACCUGUAAAUUUUCACAUGGUUAUUUCACCUUUACAUAGGAAAUAAACGUACACCUUAUCAAAUAUUUAGCCCGCGACUAAUAAGACCAAUUAUUAAUGAUUAUGUGAAACAAGAUUGGUAAAAUUGAUCCUCUAUACGUCAGUAUUACGUUUUUACAUUUUAUUUAUUGUUAAACUUGUUGUUGUUUUUUUUAUGAAAUGAAUUACAUUUUGUAUUUUGGUAAGUUUUACUGUAGGAUAGAUUUACAAAUGAAAUGUUAUAUUUUUUAUAAAUAUUGAAUAUGUAUUUAUUUGUUUUGGAUCAUGUAUAUAAACAUGUGCUUGUUA